AUGAUUUAUUCAAACAAAGAUUAUUUCGGUCAGAACAACCACCAGCCCUCGCUGCUGCCAAGUUACCACGCACAUUCCAAGUCGUUCCAGCCCUUCAGCUCGUUCGUUCCCCAACACGGAGGGCACAUGCCUUCCUAUUCCUACUCCGGGAUGGGGAUCGAGGCUGCUGAUCGAACCUUCGGCUCAGGUCAAUAUUACCAGUCGCAACCGGGUCCCCAACCAUUUGUACCCCAGCAUGACUUUUUCUUGCCCCAGGUACAGAUGCAGAUGCCUUCUGCGCAGAUGAUGCCCAUGCCCUCGCAACAGCUCCAGCAGCCUCCUCAUGCUCCACAGCAAGCCGAAAAUACUUCAAAUGUUGGUGGUGUCGCUGCUGUUUUGGAGUACGAUAUGGACCAAAUGACGCGCUUCGUGUGCUGGUUGAGUUACGGCCUCAUGAAAAGAACCGACACUCCCAGUGCCUCGUUCAACACUCUUGUCAAGCACGUGCUUUCAGCAAUCAGACUGCCCAGAUCCACAAUCAUUCUGGCCUUGAUAUAUCUGUCUCACAGGAUGGAAGGCGAGACAGAGGGUGUCACGGACGAUGGUUUGGUGUUUCAAAACCUCACCAUUGCACUGGUUUUGUCCAAUAAGUUCCACAAUGACAACACUUUCACCAACAAGUCAUGGUCUGAUGCAACGGGCUUGAAUGUGCGUUUGAUCAACCAACUGGAACGUGAAUGGCUUGCCAAGAUUGGUUGGAAGCUCCACCAUGAGGAGGGCUAUCAAUGUCUGGAAGACUGCUGGAAAACUUGGUGCGAGAAGUUCUCACCAAGACAGGGGACUAUUCCAUCGUCUCCUUCCACAAACUCUCUAUUUUCUGAAAGAUCGCAGUUCACUCCUGUUCACACUCCGGUAAGCUCGCCUUGGUUCGAGGAAACCAGUGAGUUCCCUCCACAGCAGCCUGUCUACGGCGGAGUCCCUAUGGGAAUCAACCCCUUUGGUGUCUCUGUGUAUCCGCAGUCCAACUCCAUGAUGUCUUCUCAGUUUCCACCCGAAAACAAUUACUUCGGGCCUUAUUAUCAAGUUCCGCAGCACACGAGACUAGCCAACACUGCUUCUGUUCACCAUCAGCGCACCCAAAGCCUGCAUCAUCCAGCUGCGUUGCAACAGAGGCAACCACAGCACCAGGUAUAUGGUAUUCCUAACCUUUCACAUGAUGACAUGGUCAGAAUUUAUCAAUCCCAGCAGCACUGUAUGAGCUCUUCUACAGGCCAUGAGGGUUACCACCCUUCGUACUGCACUGCGAGUGCAUGUUAG